AUGUCCGCCUUGCAUCUUGCAGCAUCACACGGCAAUGAACUUAUAUUGCGGAAACUCUUGAAAGAUGGAGCAGAUGUCAACCUGAUCACGGAGUUUUAUGGAACCCCUCUGGUAUGCGCAGCAAAGAGAGGUCAUACGGAAAUCAUGAAGCUGCUCAAGAGAAGAGGGGCAGACGUGAAUAUGGCGGGAAGAGAUGGAUAUACUCCUCUUCACAUCGCAGCGGUUGCAGAUCAAGCAGCUGCAAUUUCCUUACUGGCAGACUUCAAGGCUAGCUUUGAGGCUAAGACAAAAGAUGGACACUCACCAUUAAUAUGUGCUAUUAUUAAGUUGCGCUUGGAAACCGUGCGUGUCUUGUUGGAUGAAGGAGCAGAUCCUAAUGCAAGAACAAUGAAAGGGUUUUCGCCAUUACAUGUUGCUGCUAUCAAUCACAACAGUGCUAUGGUUUCUUUGCUGCUUGAAAAAGGUGCAAAUUUGGAGGAAAAAAACGAAUUCGGGUCUACUCCGCUUUCGUCCGCGGUGAUUUCAAAAAGUUUGCCUAUACUGCAACUUUUACGGCGAAAAGGGGCCUCUCUAGAACCGAAGAACCUCCAUUGUCGGACCCCACUCAUGAUAGCCGCAUCCAUGGGUACAAAAGAGAUUGUGCAGUAUCUUGUGGAGGAGGGUGUCAACAUUGAUACCAGAGAUCAGUCUGGUGAUACAUGUCUCCACUUGGCUGUUGAAAGCGGGCACGAGAAUGUAACUCGAUACCUACUCGAGCAUGGUGCAGAGACCUCGUGGCAAGAUUAUAAUGGCGAAACGGCUCUACACAAAGCUGCCAAGACGGGGGAUGAAGCACUAAUACGGCUAUUGAUCAGUCGGGGUGCGGAUGUCAAUGCUAUGGACUUAAUCGGUUCGACGCCAUUGUUCGAGGCAAGAGCAAAUGGACAUAGCUCAGCAGAGGUUUUGUUACUAAGUAAAGGUGCUAGUGCUGAGAUGAUAAAGGGUUUGUUUUUUGAGGAUUUUCAAGAUGAGGCCGGGAACAGGAGGAUCGCACAGAUCAGAGUUCCAAGCGAAAUGCAGUUUCAAGACGAUCAUCUAGUAUCAACUAUCAAUGGGCAGAAAGCCAUCCCUGAUUUGUCAGACCGAGCGGCCCGUUCAAAAUGGGCUGAUGGUUUCUUAAAAGACUUGUUACAGAGAUUAAAACAUCCAGAUGGGAAUGAACAUCUCGACAAGGCAAUCAUUACUGAGCUACCAUCGACUCCAUUGGUUGUAAGAAAACACUUCGUAUUUAAUCUAUAG